AGAGGACCUCCCCAAAACCAAGAUCAGAGAAGAGGCACUACAUUACCACUGCACGCUGGACAUUAAUUGCACAUUGAUUUGAUAUAAAAGCUCCGUUUGAGCCAAAGCUGAAGCUCAACCUUAGCUUAAGGUUGUGCAGCGCACCAAAGAUGAAUACUCGGGAUGAGAAGAAGAACAAGAAGCCGAAGGAGAGCAGAGCUUCGACGGAUAACUCCCCUCCUCCCCUAAACCCAACAAGCCACAAUAUGCAGGCCAACGAGGGGUCCUCUCCUACUAAUUAUUCUGAGAAGGCAAAUAGCAGAUACAAGAGCCUUUACAUUAACUCACAAAAAAAGAUUGAAGCCCUGACACAAGAAAAUUGGCAGCUCGCUAAGAAGCUGGAAAAUGCUAUUGGAAAAGUUGAUGUGUAUGAGAAGAUGAUCAAUGAACUCUCUCAAAUGUAUGACAAAAUGAAGGAUGGAAUCUUAGUUCCAAACAUGGAAAGAGCUGCUGAAACCACCCCCAAUCAUCUGUUAUCGCAAACGCCGAUUACCGAUGCGCAACUUGCAGCUGCUAUGAGAGAGAGAAAGAGAAAGAAGAAGGGGGCGUAAAGCAAAGAAAUUGAAAUUUUGCAUGUGUUCAACUUCUUUUUGUUAGUGCUUAUCUCCUGGAUGUUUUCUGUUCUCAUCUAUUUUUGGUAUAUAGCUCAUUCAGUGAUGAGUUUUUUAUUUAUUUUUCAUGGGAAUGGAGGAAGGACUGAUGGACAGUGGGGAAACUGAAUGAAGCUGAAUUUCAAGAAGGGGCUAUAUAAAUUGA